GGUGUCCACCCGCCCGGGGGGGGUCAGACCUGGGGGGGCUAGGGCCCCCCAAACUCGGAUCGGUUUCUACCAAGUGAGGCGGCGCCAUGGAGCUCCGGGCGCUGCUCUGCUGGGCUUCUCUCGCCGCAGCUUUAGAAGAGACCCUACUGAACACAAAAUUGGAAACUGCUGAUCUGAAGUGGGUGACAUUCCCCCAGGUGGAGGGGCAGUGGGAAGAGCUGAGUGGCCUGGAUGAGGAGCAGCACAGUGUGCGUACUUACGAGGUGUGCGACGUGCAGCGGGCUCCAGGCCUGGCACACUGGCUGCGGACCGGCUGGGUGCCACGGCGUGGAGCCGUCCACGUGUACGCCACACUGCGCUUCACCAUGCUUGAGUGCCUGUCCCUGCCACGGGCUGGGCGCUCCUGCAAGGAGACCUUCACUGUCUUCUACUAUGAGAGUGAUGCCGACACAGCCACAGCCCUUACACCAGCCUGGAUGGAGAACCCCUAUAUCAAGGUGGACACAGUGGCUGCCGAGCAUUUGACCCGGAAGCGCCCUGGGGCUGAGGCCACAGGGAAGGUGAACAUUAAGACACUUCGUCUGGGCCCACUCAGCAAAGCUGGCUUCUACUUGGCCUUCCAGGACCAGGGUGCCUGCAUGGCCUUGCUGUCCCUUCACCUCUUCUACAAGAAAUGCCCCCAGCUGACUGUAAACCUAACCCGCUUCCCGGAGACCGUGCCUCGGGAGCUGGUCGUGCCUGUGGCAGGGAGCUGUGUGGCUGAUGCCAUCCCUAGCCCUGGCCCUGGCACCAGCCUAUACUGCAGAGAGGACGGCCAGUGGGCUGAACAGCCAGUCACAGGCUGCAGCUGUGCUCCAGGGUUUGAGGCUGCUGAGGGGAACACCAAGUGCCGAGCCUGUGCCCAGAGCACUUUCAAGCCUCUGUCAGGAGAGGGGUCCUGCCAGCCCUGCCCAGCCAAUAGCCAUUCUAACAUCAUUGGAUCACCUGUCUGCCAAUGCCGCAUUGGAUACUUCCGGGCCCCCAUGGACCCCCGGGGUGCACCUUGCACCACCCCUCCCUCUGCUCCACGAAGUGUGGUUUCCCGCCUGAAUGGCUCUUCUCUGCACCUGGAGUGGAGUGCCCCCCUUGAGUCUGGUGGCCGAGAUGACCUCACUUAUGCACUCCGAUGCCGAGAGUGCCGCCCCGGGGGCUCCUGCACAGCCUGCGGUGGAGACCUGACCUUUGACCCUGGCCCCCGGGACCUGGUGGAGCCCUGGGUGGCAGUUCGAGGGCUGCGUCCUGACUUCACCUAUACCUUUGAGGUCACCGCCUUGAACGGGGUGUCAUCCUUAGCCACAGGACCUGUUCCAUUUGAGGCCAUCAAUGUCACCACCGACAGAGAGGUGCCCCCUGCAGUGUCUGACAUCCGGGUGACACGGUCAUCACCUAGCAGCUUGAGCCUGGCCUGGGCUGUUCCCCGGGCACCCAGUGGUGCUGUGCUGGACUAUGAGGUCAAGUACCAUGAGAAGGGCACUGAGGGCCCCAGCAGUGUGCGGUUUCUGAAGACAUCAGAAAACCGGGCAGAGCUUCGGGGUCUCAAGCGGGGAGCCAGCUACCUGGUCCAAGUGCGGGCGCGCUCUGAAGCUGGCUAUGGGCCCUUUGGCCAGGAGCACCACAGCCAGACACAGCUAGAUGAAAAUGACAGCUGGCGGGAGCAGCUGGCCCUGAUUGCAGGCACAGCGGUCGUAGGUGUGGUGCUGGUCUUGGUGGUCAUUGUCAUCGCAGUUCUCUGCCUCAGGAAGCAGAGCAAUGGGAGAGAAGCAGAAUACUCAGAUAAACAUGGACAGUAUCUCAUUGGACAUGGUACUAAGGUCUACAUUGACCCCUUCACUUACGAAGACCCUAAUGAGGCUGUGAGGGAAUUUGCCAAAGAGAUCGAUGUCUCCUAUGUCAAGAUUGAAGAAGUGAUUGGCGCAGGUGAAUUUGGUGAAGUGUGUCGGGGUCGGCUCAAGGCCCCCGGAAAGAAGGAGAGCUGCGUGGCCAUCAAGACUUUAAAGGGGGGCUAUACAGAGCGGCAGCGGCGCGAGUUUCUAAGUGAGGCCUCCAUCAUGGGACAGUUUGAGCACCCCAACAUCAUUCGCCUCGAGGGCGUGGUCACCAACAGUGUGCCAGUCAUGAUCCUCACAGAGUUCAUGGAGAACGGUGCCCUGGACUCCUUUCUACGGCUGAAUGAUGGACAGUUCACAGUCAUCCAGCUGGUGGGCAUGUUGCGGGGCAUUGCCUCAGGCAUGAGGUACCUUGCUGAGAUGAGCUAUGUCCACCGAGACCUGGCUGCCCGAAACAUCCUAGUCAAUAGCAACCUUGUCUGCAAAGUGUCUGACUUUGGCCUCUCCCGGUUCCUGGAGGAGAACUCUUCAGAUCCCACCUACACAAGCUCUCUGGGAGGAAAAAUUCCUAUUCGAUGGACAGCCCCUGAGGCCAUUGCCUUCCGGAAGUUCACAUCUGCCAGUGAUGCUUGGAGUUAUGGGAUUGUGAUGUGGGAAGUGAUGUCUUUUGGGGAACGGCCAUAUUGGGACAUGAGCAAUCAGGAUGUGAUCAAUGCCAUCGAACAGGACUACCGGCUCCCCCCGCCCCCAGACUGCCCCACCUCCCUCCACCAGCUCAUGCUGGACUGUUGGCAGAAGGACCGCAACGCCCGGCCCCGCUUCCCCCAGGUGGUCAGCGCCCUGGACAAGAUGAUCCGGAACCCUGCCAGCCUUAAAAUUGUGGCCAGGGAAAAUGGCGGGGCCUCGCACCCCCUUCUUGAUCAGCGGCAGCCUCACUACUCAGCUUUUGGCUCUGUGGGUGAGUGGCUUCGAGCCAUCAAGAUGGGAAGAUAUGAAGAAAGUUUUGCAGCCGCUGGGUUUGGCUCCUUUGAGCUGGUCAGCCAGAUCUCUGCAGAGGACCUGCUCCGAAUCGGAGUCACUUUGGCCGGACACCAGAAGAAAAUCUUGGCCAGUGUCCAGCACAUGAAGUCCCAGGCCAAGUCCGGAGCCCCGGGUGGGACAGGAGGACCAGCCCCACAACACUGACCUGCAGGAACUUUCCACCCCAAGGACAUGGCCUCCCCUUCUUCCUGGGGCAAAGUGGGGACUCCUAGAGGCCCCCAUCCCUGUGCCCCACUGGAUUGCACUUUGAACCCAUCCGGGUGGGGAGUUGGUAAUUUGCAGAGACAGGACUUGAGGGUUCUACCAUAUGAGAGUGAAGAAAUCACCCCCCAUCAAGAGUGGGUAACCCCAGACCAAGGGUGAGGGUGCAUUUCCCUUGGGUCUGGAUGUGACCAAAGGGAAAGGAAGGGCCCAUAAUCUCCCAACCUCCCCAGAGGCUCCCACACCUUAACAGGUGUGUUCCUGCAGACCAAAGAGAGGGUGACUAGCCUAUUAGCUCCAGAGUGGAGCCUGUCCCCAAGGCAGGAAGGGGUACCAUACCAUGGCCCAGUGACAGAAUCAUUGGGCUUUGAUGGCCCAACUUGCUGCUGUGCCACCAAACUCAACCAUUUUUCUCUUGUAAAUGCCCUUCCCCCAUCUGCUGCCUUCAUAUUGAAGGUUUUUGAGUUUUGUUUUUGGUCUUAUCCCCCCAACCCCAAACCUUUUGUUUUGUUUUUCUACAGUCCUUGUCAUAACUUUUUGUGUUAGAGGUCACCUGUUUCACUGUCGCGUCACCUCCUUUGCCCAAGUUGAAACAGGGACCUGUCUUUGUGUCUUUCCAGAACAGUGCCUUGGUCACACCACAACCCCAGACAUUCUCCUGCCCCCACCCAAGACCCUUCAGGCUGUGUCUGGAGGGGGUGUGGUGGGGGGUGAUUAGUGAAAGGGGCAAUGAGGUGGUGGUAGAAACCAGAGACAGACACUGGUGCUUGGAGGGAUUUUUAAAUUAUAUUUAAAAAACAACUUUUUGUAUAAAUAAAAGAAAAUGGGAUGUGUCCCAGUUCUGGGAGUGAUUGGGAGCCAGGAUGAACUAGACUCUGGGGAGAAUGGUGUUAGGAUCUGGGGGACUUUAUGGCCCACCAAGAGGGGUCAGGAGUCUGGGGAUGGCAGGGCUUCAAGUGGGAGAGGGUUGGGGGUGUGGUUCUCAGCCUCUGGGUGUGUUUGAGAUGGGGGUAGGGGCCUGGGAGAUGAGUCAUUGGCAGCUGCUUCUAACGGCUCUACUGGCUCUGCCAAGAGCCUGGGGCACCUCCGGGGUGGGGCUGCCCCCCUUUCCUCAGCAGAGGCAGGGGGCUGUGAGAGGGAGAGGAGGCCUCUAGCAGCCCUGCCCUGCAGCUCUUAAAAUGGGAGAGGGGGGCACAGACUGGGGCAAAGGGUCCAUGAAGGAGACAGAUGUGGGCCAGAUGUUGACAGCUGGGGCUGGUUUAGAGGCUGUGAGGGAGAGUGUCUGCAUUGGUUGUGGGGGGAAGGGAGAGCAGAGAGAGGCAAAAGGGGACACCCCCCCACAUGUGUACACAUAACACACACACCACACAGAGCUGGGCUGGAAGGACAAUUCCCCCAUUCAAGAUUCUGCCCAGGUAGGUUCUCCCAGCCUUUUGGGAAGGGAAGGGGUAGCCCCAUGUGUGUCAGCUCCAGCUUCUCCCUCCCCAACAGGAAGAUGAGGAUGGGCUCAGCCCCCGCUCCAACUGCCCCGGUUUCUUUCCCACCACCUUCUCAGCUUCCUUUUCUGCUGGAGUCUGCCCUCCUCUGGGACACCUGCAGGGACAGGUCUGGACAGGGGUGGGCCUGGUAUAGUUGAGCAGCUGUUCCCAUUUCUGCAUCCUCGUCGCCCCCUGGUGUUCUGUGAGGGCCAAUGUGGGGCCCCAGAUGACAUCUUGAUCCUCUCCUGGCCCACGGAGCUUUGGGCAAUGACCUUGUUCCCAUUCCUAUCUCUGACUGUCUUCUAGAGUCCCUAAAACUCUUGAGUUCUGUCCCCUCUCUUGCAGUGAUGUACCACUAUUGUUCUCAAGGGGUGGUAGGGUCUAGGUCCUAUAGAGGAAAGGGUAUGUGUGCAGGGUGUGUUGGCCCAGGCCCAUCCCUUCCCCUGUCCACCAGACAUCUGGGCUAGAAAAGGGAACUGAGAGGAGCCGGCUCAGGGCAGGUGGGUGGCUGAGGCCCCAUGAUGCUCAGCUCCAAGUGGAUCCCUCGCUACGGGAAGGGGAAGUCCUGCUGGGCAGGGUGUCUGGCCAGGGGCACCCCUCCCUUCCUGGAGCCCUUUCUUCCUGCAGAGGUGGCCAUCUCUAAGGAUAAGCACAGAGUAAUAAUGCCUUUGUAGAACCCUGUGUCCUGCCUGCUUUGGUAUCUCCAAACUCUUGUUCCCUUACUGUUGGGGCCCUACAUCCUGACCCCUCCCCUGCCCACUUGGUAGCCUUAUUUUCCUUCUUAGGGCCCCUCCCUGAAGCAAGGCCUGAUGAGUCCCUGUUGGGGGGGAGGAUUUGUACCUUGGCCUCUGGCUACUUGAAUAGAUGCCAGCCUGCCCACAGACUCCACCCUCAGCUCCCAUAGCGACCUACCUAGGCCCUUUUGGGAAGUGGACAAAUUGAGGGCGAGCACCUCCCCAGAGGGUUGCCAGCUGUUUCACCCUUUAGAAAAGCCAUGUUCACCAUCCUUAGUAUCUAAGCAGUAAUUUUUCUCAUCAUCAGAAAUGUAAAACCCAGAAUCACUUUUCACAACCCUUGGUAUGGAGCUCAUAGGCCAUGUACUUCAAGGCUCCUGGGGUGAAGUCAAUUCUCUUGUAUUGGAACAGGGGGCUGAGGCUGGGGCCCACCCUUCAUUGCUCUUCCCUCCCUGCCCUUCUGUCUGUCCCUGUGAUGGUGGCCUCCCAGGGCUGAGUGGGCUGUUCCAUGUUCUCAGGGGCAGCCCCUGAGAGAAAGUCACAAGGAAGGUUCUGUCUCCUUCG